AUGAGGACGAAACGUCGUCAUGGGCACGUGGUGGGGCUGCGUCUUUGUUUGGCGGUGACCCUCCGCAGGCAUCGUGAUGUUUCCCGCCUAUGCCGCACGAUGCUUUGGGUGAAGGUUCAUGGGUUGCGCUGGAAAGGGAGUAAUGGACAGAGUGGCCUGCCUUCGAGCAGUGUGGAUGCUCUGCCUUCAGCGGAGUGUAAAGUAAAUAUGGCGGUGAUUUGCCGUCGUGUGGGAUUGGGGGUGCCUGUGCGUGAGGUGUGCGCCGCGUGCCGUGUGUGUGGCCUUUUCUCUUUUUUUGUUGUUGUGGCUGCGUAG